AUGUGUGGCAGCCAACCAGCAGCAAAUGUUCAAGUGAAAUUACUGGAUGAAGAUCAUGGGGAUCCUGAUGACACAUUAGACAAUAUGUUCACUAAGGCUGAUGGACUGUUCAGUGUCAGUGGAUCGGCUUCUGAAUUGACGCCUAUUGAUCCAGAGCUGCGAAUUUACCACGAUUGUAACGAUCACGGAAAGCCAUGUCAACGGGAAUGGAUUAUAAGGAUCCCAAGCAAAUAUAUCUAUUCAGGAUCAGAGCCGCUAGAAGCAAUGGAUUUAGGAACGUUGAAUCUAGAGGUCGAACUGGAGAGCGAGAGUCAAGAUUUCGUUUCUAGCGCUCCACAAAAACAACCAGGACGACAAAAUUAUAGAGUUCGAGGAACGUUGUUGUGCGGAAAGACGCCAGCUAAGGAUGUGAAAGUAAAGCUGGUCGACGACGAUUUCGGACCUGAUCCAGACGAUGAACUGGAUAGCGGCUAUACGGACGCGAACGGUUUCUUUGAAUUAGCUGGUUUUACUACUGAACGUACAACCAUAGAUCCACAUUUGAAGUUCUACCACGAUUGUAACGAUGGAAUUACGCCGUGCCAACGACGGUGGAAAUUUGAACUUCCUUCUCAUUACAUAACAAGAGAUAAUGAGCCGUCAAAAGUUGUUGACAUUGGGAAAUGGAAUCUUGAAGCUUUGCUACCAGGAGAAAGUCACGAUUGUUUACAUUAG